AGGAUUUAACGUUCACUCAACACGCACUAGGUCAUUUUGGCACUAACAUAUGGUUCUAUUUUAUUUCUAUAAUUCGCUUACGAUAAGGGGGUCUUUAACACUGGCAGGAAACUGGAGGACCUGGAGAAAACCCACGAGGUUGGACAGGUGACCCUACUCCUUGUCACGUACAACCCAGGAAUCGAAACCACGACACAUGCUAACCAUUCAGCCAUCUAUCUACCCGGAUUUAAAUAAAAUGGCUUCCUGUCAGUGGAUUAAUUAUAAUGGAAUAGAAUAUCAAAUGGUAAUUUUCAAGCACAUUAUUUUUUCAGGAUAUUGUAUGUUGAUGGUAUAUUGAUGGCAUAUUGAUUGACAAAUCUAUGGGUAAUGAUCAAAGUAAAAAGGAUACUUCAGAUGAAAUAGCUAUGAACAACUCAGAUUCUCUUAGUAGAGAUUUGUCUGUAGAUGCAGUGCCAUUUAUUCCUGGAAGUACUUCAGACAAAUCAUGUGAUAGUCUACCAGAUUUUGAAAUAGUUAAACAGGUUCAGAAAGCAGCGUCACAGGCUUUGUCUUCCAUUGAAAAACAAACCGACAGUGGCAUUAAAAAUGAAAUUGACUUCAAAAUAAAAAAAUACAUAGAGUUAGGACUCAUGCCGCUGGAAUUAAAAUACGGAUAUAAAGAUGCUGUGAUAUUAUGCAGUGAUAACGAUUUGUCUGAGGUCGAACAAUUCCGAAGCAGUCUUGAAAGUAAAAUGUUACUGCUUGGAAGAGAGAAACCGAAAAUAGCACUUUUUUCCGAGAUAGAGAUAACCCAUAGCAAUCAGUUCCGAGCGUUAGAAUUUGCUCUGGAUCGAUGUACAUUUGUUUUCCUUUUUAUAACUUCGAGUUUUGUAACCGAUGCAUGGGUUGAAUAUUCUAGCGAGGCAUGCCUAAUGGACUCCAUUAGUAAUCCUAAGAAACGCUGGUCCGUGGUUCCUGUUUUCACCGAUAAGCGCGAAAAGUCUGGUUAUAAAAUACCAAUAAGUAUUAAUACAUUAAAAGGUGUGACAUAUUGGUCAGGCGAUGAUUUUUAUGUAGAAUCUAUUAGAAAGCUGUUUGAGGAUCGAAUAUCCGUGAGAAAGGAAAGAGAACGUGAGGAAGGGACGAUGCAGAGAGCGUGGUUAUUUCAGUAUGAAAAGGAUAUGCACGAGAAAGAGAUCAGAGAAAAACAGGAGCAGUUGAAGGAUAGAGCAAGAUUAGAAGAGCUAAAGCAACAGAAAGCUACCUUAGAUCAUAGUUUGUCCAUGCCAGUUAUUGCUCCUCCAGUACCAGAAAGUGCUCCUCAUACGACGCAACAUUCAAAAAGUUUUGCGGGUCCCAAUCCAACUGAUGAAAUGAUUUUAGAUUACAUUAGAAACAAUCCCAAUUUAUAUAAAUCGUUUGCACAAGGUUCCAAGGUCAGUGCUCAUGCACAAUCUACGUGUGUUAGAACUGCAGCAGAACAUACAGAACCAGCUGUGGACAAUUUAGAAGAUCUAUCAUUAAAACAAAAGUCCACACUUGUUUGUAAUCCGACUUCUUCAAAAGAUGACAAACGUCCUGUUGAAUCGGCAAGUGAUUUUUCGUCAUCUGUUGACUAUGAAAGUUUUGCCGCCGCUGAAGAAAAGGAUGAGAACGCAAAUGAUGAACUAACCGAGGAUUGUCCAGUAACAUCUGGUGCAGCUAGUGCUGGAAGUAGUAAAAUUGAAGACAAAAAAGUUUUACAAUACGUUCAGGCGAUACAUCACCAUCAUCAUCACGAGGUUAAAAAUUAUCACGUGACAGCUGACAACGUUCAGAUCGGAGGACGGAAUAAAUUGGUCUUGAAAAAGACGAGUGAAACGUACAGUGAAAAUCAACAGUGUAGUGAGGAAAUGGAUGAUGAAGAAGAUGAUAGAACAGAAUAUGAAGAUGAGGGGGGAGAAUAUAAAAAUGAAGGAAGAAAAUAUAAAAACCAUCCACUAGAAACAGAAGAUGAUUUUACGCAUGUUAAAUCACUGAACGACCCUGAUAAUUCAGAUUCCUAGACCUUUUACAAUUUGUAAAUAUUAUCUAGCAACCUUUUUUUAUAAAUCAUUAAUUAAUUAAUGUUAAUUGAUGUGUAAGCAAUAGUGGUUCUAUUUUAAGAAUGCUUUAGAAGCUAAAAUAUUGUAAAAUUACCGCAAAGGCAGAAACACCAGAUAUCUGGAUGAAAUUCAUAUCUUGCAAUGCACACUAAACAUUAAAGUAGCUAAAUCAACAUUCAUGUUGUGAUCUUACCGGAAAAAGAUGGGCUUUUGAUAUCCAAUAUUUAAGACAAAAUAAACAUUUACCAUUGGUACACGAAUUGUGUACCAUAAUGCGCUUCAGCCCCAGUUGUAUCAAGAGACUCGAGGGACGAGGCUAGACACAUUGCACCAAAUCAAAAGGCGUAUGUAGACUGGAAUAACCAGACACUAGAAAUUUGCACUCGCUUGAGACUGCUGGCUUAUUUCGCCAAACAUGACUGAUCUGAAAUUGGAGUAAAAACCGAAACCAUUGAAUGUAAAUCAGUUUAUAGACAUUCAUAUUACAGUAUUAUAUGCGUUUCGACCCACUUUUGUCAAUUUCUAGGUCCCAAAUGUUAGCGAUUUAGCUCCUUUAAAAAUAAAAUUUACGCUAUAUAAGGCUAAAAAUGACCUACGCAGAGUUAAUGAAACAUUAAAGCCCAUUACAUUUUAUUUACUUCAUUGCAACACUUUAACGUUAAACUACCCAUUCCCCCACCCUCCCCGUUAGAUCUAUUUGAUUAGGCCAACUUCAAGUUUGGUCAAAGGUCACGAGAUGUAAAGUAGAGCUAGCACUAAUCCUAACCCUGGACCUAGCCCUAAUGCUUACCCUAGCCCUAACCUACAAUCUUGCCAACAAUCACGUGCCCUAACCUUAUUUACAUCUCAGUGACCGUGAUAAAAAUUGAGCUGGCCUUAACAAAUAGAUUUAGCCCACCCCCACCCAGUCAAACGAUGAAAAAUUGAGCCUGCCUUAAAGUUACAAUUUCAUAUUUUUAAGUUUUAUUUUUAAAAUGUAUUAAAAUAAAGCCCUAAGUGUGAGAAAGAUAACCUAUGAUCAUAUAAUAGUGAGUUGUCAACCUAUUGAGCAAAAGACAUAGAAAUGAAAUGAAAUGAAAUGGAGUUUAACGUCCUACUGUUCUGCUCCUAACCUGGGCUAAUGAAGACGGGCCAUUGCUGGAUUGGCUUCUGAUACUUGAGCUUUUGAGGGAGUUUGUCUAUUCUUCCCAUUCAAUCAAAUCUAUCCCAAGUACAGUAACAUGACAGCCCUUCGUUUAAACUGGGUCUUCCCUAAAACUUUGGACAGUGAUUUAAGGUAUUAAAAGCGGUGAAAGUAUUGUUCAUCUCCAUACAGUAUUGUUUACAUUGUUUUUGAUUUGAUAGCCUCGUUUGCCACACAAUAAGUUUUUCUGCAAUAUUCUGCUAUGCACUGGUUAAUUGGGUUUUAAAAAAAUCGUGAGUCAUGACGUAACGUCAUGUAAAUAUAUUUGGUCCAAUUUGGAGCUCCGUUUUAAGCUUUUGUAACGCAGUUAGCUAUUGGUUGUUAAUCAGAUCAUUGACCAGUCAUAAUUUGGAACAGAAAUUUGCUUCCUUUACAGCAGUGUUAAGUGGGAUUAGGUAUAAUCAAAUGAAACACUGCGAGGAGUAUUUAUAAAAUAAUGUACUGUUAGCAUGUUGCAUUAUUAUUUGAAACAAUAGUUUACCUACAUGAAAGGAUGACGUCACAUCUGCUGUCGGGUGUUCGAUCCCUGCAUAGGCCGAGAAAGUUCAUCUGGAUUUUCCGACGUGGUUUCCCCUUGUCAGUGAUGCAGAACGGAGGGCCUGACAAGGACAGCUGUCUAGUCCUUCGGAUGAGACGAAAAACCGAGGUCCCGUGAAUACAUUGGAAUGCACGUAAAAGAUCCCUUGGCAGUUGGAAUUCGAUAUAAGAGUAGGCGAUAGUGCCGCUGCCCGGGCAUAAUUUCCCUCAUAGCACACUGUAUGGCAUAUGCCUGUCUUCAUUAGCCCAGUAUAGGAGCAGAACAGUAGGACGUUAAACCCCAUUUCAUUUCAUUUAUUUAAAGCCUUUUAGGACUAGCCAUAUACCACCAUAUUUGGGGGGUUAGAUGGCCGAAUGGUUGGCACGAGUGCGCUGUAUCACAAGGCCUGUCAUUGAGUCAACUUGCAUGGUUUCGAAUCCUCGGUUGUUUGUGACAAGGAGUAGUGUCACCUGUCCAACCUCGUGGGUUUUCUCCAGGUCUUCCAUUUUCCUCCCACUGCUAAAAACCCCUAUGCUGAGCGAAUUAUUGAAAUAAAAUUAAACCAUAUGUUAGUCCCGAAAUGAUCUAGUCUGUGUCGAGUGGACGUUAAACUCCAUUUCUCUCUCUCCACCAUAUUUUUAAAAUUAGCGAAAAAAAAGACUCGGGUAUUAGUAAUGUAUUGCUAUAAAAGAGUCUGUAUUUGAAACAAUAAUUUACCAACAUCAAACGAUGUGAAAGUACGUCAAACUAUUAAAUGCUGUUGACUUGUUGAUAAAAGGUAUAAAUUCAUCUUUUGUGAUUUAUUUCAAAUUGUUCUUAUCUUUGAUGAAACAUAAUGCAAAACCUCACCUUAUACUGAAAACCUUAUAGUGAAAACCUUGUACUGAAAACCUCACCUCACCUUAUUCUAAAAACCUCACCUUAUACUACAUGUAAAAGUGUAAUUAAUGCUUUGAGAUUUUCGCUGGUAGGUAACAAAACCUCACCUUAUUCUUAAAGUGUAAUUAAUGCUUUGAGAUCUUCGCUGGUAGGUAGCAAAAAUGAUAUUCAAUAUAACAUGAUUUUUUAUACCCCAACACCAUUAAAUAUUUUCAUAAUAUUAAGUCAUAAAAUUUAGUUAUGGGAUAUAAAAACGGGCUGGAGUUUAUAUGAAUUUAUCUCUCAAUGUGCUAUGAUUUAACAGAGCAUGUUCAUUUUGUGUAUUAGAAUGUUUAAAUUAUAAUAUUAAUCAUAUAUAUGAGAGAAAUAGAGGUAUAAAAAUUUUAAAAUAGUGAUUGAUGCCUCUCUAAUUUUGUUAUAUAUGGUACAGUGUAAUAUCGACACUAUAUUCAGAUUGUUUUAUGUGGUACCGUGUAAUAUUGACACUGUAUUCAGUUUGUACGCGGGAAUGUAUCUUUAAUAGUUAUAUUGCUUUGUUAUCUACACUGGGAAUUCACUAGUUAUUGGCGUACAUGUGUUAUAUCUGUGUUAUGGAGUGUUCCCUGUAUAUUAGACUGUAUAAAAUGUCCAUGGUAUAUAACCUGUAUAAUAUAUGUAUUAUAAGAUCCAUGAUAUAACACUGUAUAAUACAUGUAUUAUAAGGUCGAUGCUGUAACACUGUUGCCAUGGUGCACAGCCUUAUAUAUAGCAAACCUAUCUUAUUCUGAACUCCCAGUGUAAACUUGUUUAAUUGUUUAAAAGUGCUCAUUAAAGGGGUUUAACCUCUUUUGAUUUGUAAUGAAAAGUAUUAAUUUGAUUAGGUCUUUUAGCUUGGUUUAUCAAACUCUAUCCUCCCACUGCUAAAGACCCCUAUGCGCAAGGGAAUUAUUGAAAUAUAAUUGAACCAUAUGUUGGUUUCAAAAUCACUUAGUUUGUCUCAAGUGGACCUUAAACCCCAUCUCUAACCCAUCAGAUCUAAUCAAGUUUAUACUUAAUAAAGAGGUUCUGCCCCUUUUAAGCUUGUGAUAUUUUAUGUAUACAUGUAUAUAAAAACCUCGAAGGUUUGAGAUGACAAGAUUGUUUAAUUUCUUUUGGUAGAAUUUUUAUCUCAAAAUUUACGGACUUCUUAAGGUCACAGUAAAGCUUGUCAGUUGGAAUAACUGCUGUCAUUCAUCAUCGUUAAAUUCUGGGCCCUGUUUCACGAAAUUUUAACGAAAGAUAAAAUCCAAAUUUUAGUAGAUACUUCAAUUUUGAUUGACUAAGCACUAAAAUCACUAAGCACUAAAAUCAAUCUAAUAUUAUCCAAUCAAAUUACUAAAAUUUGGAUUUUAUCUUAGUUAAAAUUUCCUGAAACAGGCCCCUGGUUAUGAUUUGUGAUUGGUUGUAACACCGAUUCUAUAUAUAUCUAUGUUCGAAAAAAGCAGGGAACUAUUAAAAUGGGUCUGUCUGUCCGUCUGUCUGUCUGUCCGUAACACUUUUUGGGAUACAAGAACUCUCCUUCUAAUUGACGUAGAAUGUUCAAACUUGGUGUAAGUGUUUUUUAGGUGAAUGCCUUGAUGGGGUGCGAAGAUGAUCAUUUUCUGCAUCGGGUAAGCCGAGAUGAGCAAUUUCAUUGGUUGCUGCUUUGGGACACAAUAACCUUAGUUCUAAUUAAGUGAGAGUAAUGGAACUUCGAGUAUAGAUUCAUUAAAUCAUUACCUUGAUUAAGUUCGAUGAUGAGAAUUUUCUGCUAAGGCUAAGUAGCGAUAAGCAAUUUGAUUGGUAAAGACUUUGGAACAUAACGCUGCUUUUAAUUGAGGUAGAAUGUAAAUGUUCAUUAGGUGAAUGUCUUGACAAAGUUCAAUGAUUAACAUGUCACACUAAAGCUAAGCAGAGCUAAGCAAUUUCUUUGGUCGAUGCUUUGGGACAAGAUAACUUUGAUUCUAACUGAUGGAUAGUGAUGACACUUAAGCGGCGUUUACACGAUACAAUCAAUCCAUACAACCGUCGGAUGCAACAUAUUUGAGGACCUUUUACACGAUACAAUGGUUCUAUUCGUUGUAUGGCAACAUUUAUUCCUUCUUAGUAACUGAAUAAAAUGGCAAUAAGACGACACUUCUCAUCCCCGUCUUCGUGUAGUGUUGAUGCCGCGGGUUCAACAAAGACCUUGCUUUCUAUACAGAGUUAUUAGAUUUUCAAAUUUAGUCCAGGAUAGAUUUAGAUCAAUUUUAGAGGACUUCAAAGUACUCGAAGCGACAGAAGAAGACAUCUUUAAUCAGGAAUUCUGGUUGCCAAGUUAGAUAUGAUGUCAUACGGCGUAUGACGUUGUCUAAUAUAACGUACUUUGAUUGGCUAUUGCAUGAGUUGGUCGGAUGAGAAUAGAACUGAUCCUAUCCAUGCAAUAAGCCGUCCAUCCGACCAUUUGUCUGAUCAGUUGGUCGGAUGCGACGGUUGUAUGGAUUGAUUGUAUCGUGUAAACGCCGCUUUAGUGUAUAGUUUUAUGCUUAGACUAAGUAAAGAUAAUCAGCUUGUGUGUUUAAUACCUUUGAAAAAGAUAAAUGUGCAAUUAAUCACUAUGUGUCAUCCAUUUAUUUUGGGAUUUCGGAGGGGGACAUCAGCCUCACUGUUGGCUUGUUAUUUGCUGUAACGCUGAUUACAUAUAUAGCUGUUCAUGUUAUGGUUAUGAUUUGCUGUAACACUGAUUACAUAUAUAGCUGUCCUUGUUAUGAUUUAUGACUGACUGUAACACUGAUUACAUAUAUAGCUAUUCAUGUUAUGAUUUGUGUAAAUUAUUUGAAGCUUUGGUUAAUCCACUUAAUUAUUUUGCUUGUAUUAUUCUGGAUUAUAUACAUUUCACCUUCUAAUAUAAUUCAAAACUGUCACGGUAUGUGUUAGCAAGGUGGGUGAUAUGGUGGUUUAACAACUGAUGGGUCAUUUCACCUUCUAAUAUAAUUCAACACUGUCAAGGUAUUGGCUAGCAAGGUGGGUGAUAUGGUUGGUUUUUGAUGGGUCAUUUUGCUUAACCUGAAUAAUGGUUAAUAUUUCAUGUUUUGACAACUGAUAUGUAUAUCGUAUAUUGAACAAAUGUCACCCGUUUUAUUGAAGGUAUGAUGUGUUUAGUCAUUGAGUCAACUGGCGUGGUUUCGAUUCCCUGGUUGUACGUGACACGGAGUAGUAUCGCCUGUCCAACCUCAUGGUUUUUUUCCGGGUCCUCGGGUUUCCUCCCACUGCUAAAGACCCCAACGCAAAUUAUUGUAAAAAAAUUGAACCAUCUGUUAGUCCCAAAAUUACCUACUUUGUGCGGGUGGACAUUUAACUCCAUUUCUCUCAUUAGCCCGCUUCGUGCAGAAACAUUUUCAUUAGACCCCUUGGGGUUGGAUGGUUUGAAUCAAGUGGCGUGAUUUCGGUUCCCUGCUUGAAUGUGACAAGGAGCAGGGUUGCCUCUCCAACCUCAUGAGUUAUCUUUCUUGUCGUCAUUAGUCCGCUUGGUGCAGAAAUUAUUUGUUGAAUUACAUUAUUCUUUUCUUGUUCUAUAACCUACACAAUUGGUACAUACCUAAAAAAAAAAAUCAUAAUAUAGCAUACUGAUUAUGGGCUUAAAAUGUUGCUAUUCGUUAAUGAAAAUUUAUGUUUAUAAAUGUUGAAUGUGGUGACGUGAAGAAGCUGAUUCGCAAGAGAGAUGGUAGUGAAGAACCAGUAUAUUUUGCCUCUAUUGAACAUAGCUUUGACAUCAUCCAGAAAACCCACAUUGCAACAGGUCAUGAUGGAAGGGAUAAAAUGAUGAAAGAACUCAGCAAGAAGUAUGCCAACAUCACCCAAGAAGCUGUGACUAUCUUCAAAUCUUCCUGCGUUCCCUGUCAACAGAAGAAAAAGAGAACCAAAACCAAAGGUGUUGUUGUGAAGCCCAUCACCUCCACAGAUUUUGGAGCCAGAGCCCAAGUUGACCUGAUAGAUAUGCAAUCGAUGUGUCACGGACAGUACAAAUGGAUUAUGCAUUAUCAAGAUCAUCUCACCAAGUUUUCUGUUCUCAGAGCGCUGACAUCUAAACGUUCAGUCGAAGUUGCAUUUCAGUUGUUAGACAUAUUUUUGAUGCUAGGCGCUCCAUCUAUCCUCCAAAGUGACAAUGGGUCAGAAUUCACUGCUCAGAUUAUUGUUGAACUGAAACAGCUAUGGCCACGUCUUGUCAUUGUUCAUGGCAAGCCCAGACAUCCACAGUCUCAAGGUUCUGUAGAGAGAGCCAACUGCGAUGUAAAGGAUAUGCUCACUGCCUGGUUAUCCGACAACAACACAACUGAAUGGACUGUUGGUUUGAAAUUUGUCCAGUUUCAGAAGAACUCAAGUUAUCAUAGCGGUAUCAAGAGAACUCCCUUUGCUGCUCUUCUCGGUUCCGAUGCAAAGGUCGGCCUUACAACAUCCAGUCUUCCAGCAGAGAUCAUAUCCAGACUCCAAACUGAAGAAGAUCUGCUCAACAUCAUCUCCCCAGCUCCAACAACAGAACCAGACACAUAACCAGCACCAACUCCAACAACAGAACCAGACACAGAACCAGCACCAACUCAAGAUGUCAUUGAAACCCGACAAGAAGAAAUUCAGACCCAGAGGAAGCGUGCUGCAGAAUCCCAGUUGCAACAAGCUGAGAAGAUGGUGAAAAGAAGUAAAGUUGUGCUGUCAGAAGUGAAAGUUGGUGACAAUGUAACAAUCUCAAUUCCCGCAGUAGAUAGAGGUAGAGCUGAUCCUCGCAAUUUGAUUGGUGUUGUGACUGACAUUAGUGACACUGACAUGUACACUAUUGCUGUGAAAGCUGGAAUCCUGAGUGGGAAGUAUUCCCGCAACCAGUUUGACGUGUGUGCCACAGCGCUGUACAAUCUGACCGACAUGUCUACCGACUGUACUGUGUCUCUGAGAUCAGCUGUUCAGUCUGAAUCGAUAUGUAAUGGACAGGGAUUUGCCAAAUGUAACUGUGCUGGGACAAAAAGAUGUCAAACAAAUAAAUGCAAGUGCUACAAGUCUGGUGUCAAGUGUAAUUCAAGGUGUCACCCCUCACUCUCCUGUAAAAACAAAAGUUAGUCUGAUAUCCAUGUCAGAAGUUUCAUGCGAUACAUGCAUAUGGCAUUUUGUACAAUUUAUACCCUGUGUUGAUGACAAAUAUCUGAAACAACUGUGUCUAGUUAUUUCAUGAUGUUAUAAAUUAGUUUGAUGAAAACAUCAGAAAUGUCAUGAGAUGUUUCUUUUGGUACAACUGAUGAAUACAUAUUUGAGACAACUGUGUACACUGACAUGUGUCAUGUGUGACAUGUCGUUUAGGGUUGGAAUGUAAUAAAGAAAACAACUGUAAACUGUGUUGGUAUCUCAUUUAUAAGCAUUCAGGGAAUAUGUAUUAUAUUUGCUGACCUUUAUCAGGGUAUAUGUAUAAUCCCUGAAAAUUUCAGGGAAUAUACAUACUCACUGAGUGAAUCAGGGAAUAUACAUAAUCACUGAAAUUUUCAGGGAUUAUACAUAUUCCCUGAUUAUACAUAUUAACUGUAACAUAUAUAUAUUGUUGAGAUUUCUUGAUUACAUGUUUCAUGUAUAUGUUUAUUAACGAAGAUCAUGUUGAUUUCAUGUUCCAUAUGGUUGAUUACAUGUUGAUGACAUGUGCUAUGUGUUUAUAUAACAUGUUGAUGUGCUAUGUGUUUAUAUAACAUGUUGAUGACGUGCUAGGUGUUUAUAUAACAUGUUGAUGCUAUGUGUUGAUAUAACCUGUUGAUUACAUGUGCUAUGUGUUUAUAUAACAUGUUGAUUUCAUGUUCUAUAUGCUUGAUUACAUGUUGAUGACAUGUGUUUAUAUAACAUGUUGAUGACAUGUUCCACGUGUUUGUUUAUCAAACAAACAUGCUAAUAUAAUAACUACCCGGUGAUACAAACUAAUACAUAACUAUCUGGUGAUACAUAGUAGAAUAUAAUAUAUAAUUAAAUAUAAAUUAUUGUAUAUAAAUCGUAAUAAAAAGAUAUAAAUAUA